AUGGGAGCACCAGUCGAUGUUUACAAAUUUGGGGCAUAUUACGUCUACAUUAUGAUUAGUUUGGUAUUGAUGGGAAUUAUAUCAAUUUCAGUAUUUUUCCCCGUUUUUUUCAAACUGCAAGUUACCAGCAUUUACGAAUAUCUGGAGAAACGCUUCGACUAUAAAACCAAAGUACUUGUGUCAUUUUUUUUUAUUGUGGGGGAGGUUUUUACCAUCGCGAUUGGUACUUAUGCACCCUCUCUGGCACUUUCAGCGGUUACUGGUUUUCAUAUUUAUUACAUAAUUAUUUGUGUGUUUGGCACUUGUAUUUUCUAUACUACAAUCGGGGGACUAAAAACUGUCGUAUGGACUGAUAUUUUCCAAAUUGGAAUAAUUUUUUUAUUUCUACUUAUAAUUUGUGCAAUCGGCUUAAAUACCACUGGAAAUUUUUCAUCACUAUGGAAAACAGCACUCGAUGGUGGAAGACUCGAUAUUUUGAAUUUUAAUUUAGAUCCCACGCUUCGUGACAGUUUUUGGACAUACAUAGUUGGUUGUACCUUUCAAUUGAUGAUUUAUAUCAAUCUUUCGCAAUCUGGGGUUCAAAAAUAUCUAGCGUUACCGACAUUUCGUCAAUGGAUUUGGGCAAUGGUUUUUUAUGUGAUAACAAUGGAAAUAGUGGAAAUAUUUUGCAUUUUAUUGGGUCUAUUAUUCUAUGCACAUUAUGCAAAUUGUGAUCCUUUUAUUAGUGGAAAAAUUCAACGACAUGAGCAGUUAUUACCAUAUUACACUAUGGAAAUUGCUGGUCAUAUUCCUGGGGUAGUUGGGUUUACUUUGGUUGGUUUAUUCUGUGCUACUAUGAGUACUAUAUCUUCAAGUCUGAAUGCAAUAUCUGGUGUCGUUUAUAAAGAUUUUCUUUUGCGAUGUUGGAAAGGCAGUAUUAAAGAAAAAACUACGUUUUUAAUACUUGUGCUGCAAUAUUUGGGAGAUCUUCUCCCUCUUGGAUUCAGUGCAAAGUCUAUGGCAUACGGACCAACGUUGGGUGUAUUUUGUUUAGGAGUUCUCUUUCCAAAAGCUAAUGCUAAGGGUGCAUUUUAUGGUGCCGUUUCGUCGUUUAUCUUUCAAAUAUUCGUGUUUGUUGUCUCAAGAGUGUAUCGAUACAAAAAAAUCAUUGUUGAUGUUCCUAAAACGUUUUCUGUGAGUGGAUGUUGGACCAAUACUUCUUUGGCGACUAACAAUACUUUUUACAACAGUUUUAUUCAUCCCAACAACGUUACUUCACAUUCAGAAUUCAAACCUUUUUUUAUAUUUAGGUUGUCGCAUUAUUACAAUUCCAUAUCAGGACUCAUCGUUACUCUAAUAGUGGGACUAAUUAUCAGUUAUUUAACAAACAAGAACGAUCCUCCAGUUGAUAAAGAAUUAUUAAGUCCUGUAAUUCGUAGAUUUUUGUCAAAUGACACUAAAUCUGAAAUUGACAAUCGAGAAUUGAAAACUCUUAUGGCGAAAGAGUCAAAUACUCAGGAAAAAUAA